UUCCGGAUGGGCUGCACAGUGAGCCAAAAGCAGGUUGGCUAGGAACAGAGUUGACGGCGGCUUCGGCCGAGGCACGUGUGUUGCUUCUUCUUCCUCCUCGUGUUCCUCGUCUUCUCCAUGAAUCCUUCCUCGUCUUCUCCAUGAAUCCUUGGCUAGAUGAUGAUUCAGUAAUACAACUACUACGUUCCUUGCACCGCUCCGGCGCCCGGCGCCGCCGGCUCCCUUCUCCGCCCAGCUCCGCCCAGGGAAGAUGGCGCCAGGACUCGCCCCCAAGCCGCCGCCGCCGCCGAUGGCCCGGCCCCCGACAAAUCCUGGCCACAUGCUUGUGCUUGGCACCGGCUUCGUGGGCCGCUACGUCUCGGAGCGCCUCCUCUCGCAGGGAUGGCGGGUGUCCGGGACGUGCACCAGUGCCGCCAAGAAGAUGGAGCUCGAAAAGCUGGGCAUGAGUGCUUCUGUCUUCGAUGCCACAAGAAGCAAUCUUGCGGAUCUUCAUGCCUUGGAAGAUGCAACUCAUUUGCUUAUCUCCAUUCCACCCAUCCCUGGAGUUGGUGAUCCUCAGUUCCUUUCUUCACAUGCUGACCUGCAAAGAACAUUGGCGGAUGGUAAUCUUCAAUGGUUAUGUUACCUUUCUUCAACAAGUGUAUAUGGUGAUUGUGGUGGUGCAUGGGUUGAUGAGGAUCAUGUAGUAAAUCCAGAGAGCGAGUCGGCCAAGUUAAGAUAUGCCGCCGAAGAAGGAUGGUUGGAUCUUGUCGAUGAGCUGGAUCUGUCAGCUUUUAUACUGCGUUUGGGUGGAAUAUAUGGGCCUGGAAGAAGUGCUUUGGACACAAUAGCUAAGGGUAAUAAAUCUUUGUCAUCACGACAGAAGUUGAGGGAGUCCAAACAGUUCACUGCACGAAUCCAUGUGGCUGACAUCUAUCAGGCUAUCCGGGCUAGCAUGAGCAUCAAAUCUGCAAGGAAAAUAUACAAUGUGGUGGAUGACGAUCCUGCCCCAAGAGCUGAUGUUUUUGCAUUUGCUCAGAGCUUGAUAGAGAGAAGAUAUCCUGACCUUGCGAUGGAUCCGGCAAGAUCAAACAUUCAUGAUAGAAUUAUAGCUGCUGAAAAACGGGUCUCAAAUGAACGGUUGAAACAGGAACUAGGCGUUAGGCUUCUUUACCCAUCUUAUAGAUCAGGGCUGCAGAGUAUUUUUGAUUCUUGGCUCACCGUGAAAAAAUGAUGAUGCUUAGCCUGUGACCUGUAAUGGAUACCAUAAAUUGGAUCUGGACACUGAAGGCCUGAAGCUCUGAAAUAGUAUGAUUAUUUUGUGGAACGAUGUCUCACGGUGAGUGACAUGGAAGGUCGGACACAACGAAGAUUAGCAUAAUGUAUUAAUUAACAUUUGUAUCA